AUGUACGAGUCUAGUCAAAAAAAUCAUUCCUCCUCCUCAAAACGACAGCAAAAACAACAACAAUUAAAUGGACAUACAAAUGGUCGAAUAGGAAGUGGAAGACGAGUACAUGUUGUAGACAACAACAUUUAUUCCCAACAACAUCCUAGUAAAAUGGUUGUUGAUCAUACUUGUAGUAGUUCCCCUCAACAAUGUGAUUGUUGCCCCUAUGGUUACCACAUUGAUUUGGGGUUUGUAAAAUUUGCUGAAGAUAUUGCUGCGGGGAAAGAACAAAUACAGGCACAUUUUAAUUCGAUUUUAACUAAAAAUCAGAAUUUUUGA